UCCUUAUUUUACCUCGAGCGACAUCAACAACAUCAAAACCUUGCAGAAAUUUGUUGCACUUCUCUCCAAACUUUCCCGAAUUUCUACAAUUUGAAACAGAGCAAAUACAUUUCACUAGCCCAAAACGGUCAUCAUGUGCGUAUAGAUUCUAUAUAAUGGAGAUUUUUCGAGCGACUACGAGUUUUAGAGCUCCUGCGAAGGCGGGAAUUAGGAACGUGCUGUCAUUUGAGAAAGCUGACAAGUUUGAGCUUCUCGAGGGCGAAGACAAGAGUAAGAUAUGGUGGGCUGCCAGAUGUCUCAGGACCAAUAGUGUUGGCUAUGUGCCGGCUAAUUACCUCAAGUUUGAAGAACGGAAGGUGGGAAAGCUGCUCCCAGACAAUUACAAGGCUCAGCGGGAGCAGCACCUGAACACGUUGAAGGAAAUACAGAAACAACAGAAUAAUGCACACCCAGAUGGUGGUCUUCCUUUAGAGCCUCCUGCAACUCCAAUAGAUGAUGGUCACAAUCCUUUCUCUUCUCCUCCUCCAAAUAGAAAGGGGCAGCCGCAUGAAACCAAACCAAUGCCCUUGUCACCCAUGCCAAAUCAAAAAUGUCCACCUCACACGACAUUACAGAGUCCCACAACGGAUGGACAGCCACAUGCUGCUCCUGUACCAGAUUUUCUAGGCGCUUCCCUCCCUCAAUCGGACAACAGGAACCUGAAAGAUCAACUCGGUGCCUCUCUACCGUGUCCUGGUCCUGGUGACAUGCCGCCUGUAGGCAUCUCCCAGGAAGAACCAAUGAGGUCAUUACCACCUGUCGACAGACUCAGCAUGUCUUCGCCUCUGCCAAUCGUUGGUGAUCACCACUUGCAACGCCAGGUAGACCGACAGAACACUUCGUCACCUCAUCCUUUUACAAACGAUCGCCCCCCUGCGUCACCGAGGCUGCUUCGUGGGGAUCGACAUGGGACUUCUCCAAAACCACCAGGAUCACCGUUACUAAUCCGUAGCAGCCAUUCCAAUCCGUUCCUUGAAGAUGAUAGGUACCCUGGCUCACCGAAGUUGGUGCGUGAGAUCCACAGUGAGGGAGCACGUCCUGGGUCACCUGUCAUUGCUCAACAAAGUUCCUCUGGAUCACACAAUAUCCAUUCCGGCCCAACACCCAUGUCACCUAAACUGCAACGUGGAAAGAGUGAUCCAAUGCCUCAGCAUGUUCAUCAAGAACCCUUGGCAUCACCCAAAUCAAAACAUGACAAGAAACAUGGAAAAUCUGUUCUGAAGCAUGUAAAAGAUGAACAACCCCCUGGAUCCCCUAAGCAGAAACAUGGCAAGCAAAAGGGCAGGACUGUUUCAGACCAACCUCAUGAAGAUGGUACCAGAUCUCCUCAACCUACGCACGGCAUCUUGUACAGUCCACCCCCACUGUCACCGGUGCAGAAAGAAGCUCUCGGACCCAAUACCAGUGUAUCCUCAACUCAGCCUGUCUGUGAGGAUCCCCCAACAUCACCAACAACUCUGGCUUUCUCUUACCAGCAAGUCCCGCAAGUCGUAGACUUCGAUACGUGGCGCAAAGAGCACUCAUUCCCUAACAUCCCAGAACCAGACUACCAGAAGGAUGACGAGGGAACAAAUGGUGAACAAGAUAGCACGUCCCCCACGACAUCCAAACCUCAGGGGUUAAUAGAACCGAAAAAAUUACGCAAUCCAAACCUAGAAUCGAGAGAGAAAUUGGACCUUCAUAAAGAAUUACUGUACAAUUCUAAAAUGGGUAUCGAUAUUUUGAAUCAGAAAUCAGAAUUCAAGCGUGAGUUGGAAAAACGUCGAGAAAAGCAGCAUGUUCGAGAUAAGGAAGAAUAUCUUCGUAGUAAACGAACAAGUCUUGAUUUACAGCUACAGAAACAAGCCAAUAAAAUUAAAGAGUUGGAGGAACACCACGAUGAGGCGGAGGAUGAUAGUAAAAAACCUGAAUUUUUCAAGAUCCAUGCGAGGAUUCGAUCGACGAAGGUUCAAUCAACGGAGGCCAACUCAUGACAUGAUAGCAAGAAUGGGCUGAAAUGAUAGACUGAUAGUCGGGCCAUGGACUGGUUGCUCUGUUUACCAGUAUUUUGGGCAAUUUGAUAUGUGGAAACUAGUCGUUUUCAAGCUGACCUUUGUCUUACGAUCAACCGGUCCAAAAUUUGGAGUCAGAAAAUUUGAUGCUGGUUCUUUGGCAGAAUAGUGUGGAUUCUGAGGGAAAAGAUUACAUCUGGAGGGGCGAUUGCAAUGGCGUAUUUCCUCGAGCAGGUAAAAGAUUAAAAAAUUUACGACAAUGACUGAAGUCACAUAAUCUGGUGUACUGAAGAGAGGUGUUGUUGAAAUGAGAAGAUGUAUUUUGAGAUAUUUCUCGAAGGUCUACCUCGUGAUAUUUCUUCAUUGUCUUAAUUUAAACUGCCAAAUUUUCCUAAGAGUUACACGUAUUUCAUGGAUUUCUAAGAAAAAAAUCGACUCGCUAGAACGAAAAUGGCAAAAAAUUUGUGAAUUUUUGGGAAUGUGUGUGUACAUUUUCAUAUGCAUCCAGAGAGUGCCCUCUCCACAGGGAAUCAAUAAUCUGCAUUAGUGCUGACCGGAUAUUUCUCCUCCUGUCAUAUUUCUUACUCAAGUGAGAAGUUGUGCUUUGUACAUUCAGCGAGAAUAGUGCAAAGAUAUAAAUAUUAUGUUUAUCAAGAUUUGCUGAGAAUUUCUUUUGAGGUUAUGUUCUCGAGUACUCAUUUCACCAAAGUAUUUUUUCUGUCUGAGGAAAAAACAUAAUAAAACAUUCAUCAUCUCAUGCUUAUUAGCACUAAUUUUUCGGUUUAUUUUGUUGCUUUCAAAAACUUUGACUUGGGAGAAGGAAUUUUCUCCUUAGGUGUUGAUUUUAUAAACUUAGAUUAUGAUGAUAUUAGAAAUAUGUUUCGUCUGGGUUUGACCAAAUUUUGGUAUCAGAGUACUGGAGAAUAAAACCAUACAAAUCGUCUCAACUUAUUGGAAAUAUGUGCUUUCUAACAUUGACCACACUUUCAGGUUUUUUUGUGUAUCUUGGCAGCAAAUAAACUUACAAAAAUAGAACGCUGCUGUUAGAGUUAAUUUGACAUUAGCCGCACUUACACCACCUGAAAAUGGACCACCAAUCUUGGUUCGGGAACCAAUGCCGCACCAUCGAAAAUCCACCAAGCGCUUACACCAGCGCUGCAGCUAGUUAUAAAAUCCGGCUACAGAUGGCGCGCAAACAAUAAAUUGCAUGCGCAGAAAGCGCCAUUUCGAAAGCGCCGCCUGGAGCCGAACCAUCUAACUAGCUAAUUGCCGAUCCAUUUGCGCGUACACCACGACAAACCGAGCUUUUAACAAGCCGGGCGAAUUUGGACCAUCAAGCUUGGUGGGACAAAUUCGCUCGGCAAUUUGUAUCGGCAAUGGAUUGCCGAACCAAUUUGUUGCGGCAAUGUGGUGGUGUAAGUGCAAUUGGUCCACCAAUAUUUCGUGGUGUAAGCGCAGCUUUUGUCCUGUUGUGGUCGUGUGAUGAAUACACGUUUGUCGAUAGGAGUAUGUGAAGUCAGGUGAUAGUUUCCUUUCGAGCCGCACAGGUUAUGAGACUGGUGGAAAUGCUCUAUAGCGUACAUGAAGAAUCUAAAUGGACCACUUUCAGAGAUAACACUCGAUUUACCGUUCUUUUGCAGCUUUUUGCUGGUUUAGUUUUAGUGAUGGGUCUAAAAGCAUCGAUAAUUUGGUGGUAGCCUUGAUAUCUUUAACCAAGCAGUGCUUGAAAUCUUAGGGCAGGACCCUUAUUGUUUUAUUCUUCCAAUCUCCAUGAUACUGUAAGCCCCUUUAUUUUCAUGUGCCUAAUAUUGUCGCAUCUUUUGCGUAUGGCAACAAAAUAUUACAACUUGAAUCAAUCUAAUGUGGUCUGUGCCUGUCAAAAUUGACUUCUCUGCGCAAGUGUAGUUUCCCUCUUUGUGACUUUCAGAGUCAGCGCCACUCAGGAGUUAAUUCAGAUCUGCGACAUAUGAUGUAGCUUGCCCUGUUAGGCUUUAAAUGUUAAUGAUUGAAUCUUUACUUUCGAAUCAUAAAUACUAAACUUCAGAGGUGAGCAGGCUUUACAAUACUCGAGAUAUAUUUUUGCUAUUGUGCGCUUUACUUCUAUUAUAAGAAUCAUCCAUAUUCUGUGCUUACAAUUACUUCAUUUUCAUGAUUUUGAUGUUUCGUACUUGUAAAACUUUUGUAAUUUGUGAUUGGUGAAUGACUGUCUAGUUUUGAAGUUUGCCAGUUGGUAUUUGUGGUGGUAUGGUUUCUUAAUUUGAUGGAAAAUUCUGUAUAUUUGUUGCUAUAAUUGAUUGGUUGACUUCAGGGAAAAAGUGUAUGAAAUAAUUUGAGUGUUGCUGAAACAUUUUGGUGUGUAUCAUGUGAGCAGGAAUUCGAAAUUUGCUCCAUUCUUCACGGAAUGAUAUUUCAUAACCUAUAUUGCUGUAUAUUUAGGUUGAAGGAAGUACAGUAGAACCUCCAUUAGUGGACACCUCUGUAAGCAGGACUCCCUCUCUGUUAGGGACUAUUUGACCUCUGUAAUCCAGACACCUCUACAUUAAGGACAGCACUUGUUCAGUCCCAAGGGUGUCCUUGAUAGAGAGGUUCUACUCUAGUUGGUAGAGAUUCGAGUUUACCAUAGAAUUGAACUGCACUGGGCAACGAACUCGAAACUGAUAGAUGUUUCUUGUAGCCUCAUAUAUCCUCAUCAUCAUCACCAUCAAACAAACUGAGAGGUGGUUUUUAACCCUUGCGGUUUUCAACUCCUAUAACUCAUGAAAAACAAACAUACUGUGUGUUGUAUAGUGAUAAAUGUAUGUAAGAGGAUGAGUUAGAAAAUACCAUUCUCAGUUCAUUGCAUGGGCUAUUAUCCAGACUCAGUGACUAUAUCUGUAUACAUCGAUCAUACGCUAUGCCAAAUAUCUGAGAUUAUUAUCUUUUAUUGCCAAAAUGUAUUCCUGCCAAUGUACUGCGGCCUUUAGGAUAAAGAUACAAGUUUCCUAUUUUCAUAUCCCUGAUAUUGCUUAUGCCCGAUAAUGAUAUUGUCCAAUUUGUCAAAUGUUUACCCCGGUUCUCAUUUUGUAGCUAAACCAUGGUUUAGUGAACUGAUACAAUUACUGGUCUCACUGUUGUAGUUGCUUUGACGUGACAUCACUUUUAUAACUCGCAGAUAUAAUUCAAAAUUAACGAAAUGUGUAAGUUUGCAGUUCUGUGUAUGCUUCAUACAAAUUAUGUCCUUGCGUGCUUCUCCUGUACACUUCGUAUACAUACUCUAACUUCAUCGAUCUAAGACCAGUUGAUUAUUUCCUAGGAACUCUAAAUAAAUGCCAAGCCAGAAAAUUAUGUCAAGUGCAUCGGACAAACUGCGGUCGCCGACCCUCUGUUUCAAAUUUAUUAUGACUAAGUAUGACCAUAAAAUGAUAUCUAGCUUGAAUUGAAUAUUCUCAGAACAGAUCUCAGAUUGGUGAAACUAGAGUAUACAUAUAUACUGUAAUAUGGAUACAUUUGUACAUGUGUAUAUGUCUCUAUCAUGAGCACAUUUUGUACAAAAAUGUAAAAAUUUAAUUCUGACCAUUGACAUGGGCCUGGGGGGCCUUGCAUGGAAUAUAUUUAGUUGGCUCUGUAACAGAUUAGUGCUAAUGACACUUUCAUUUAUUGAUACAAAUUCAUGAAUAAAUAUAUACAUUUAUUCAUAAAAAGAAAAAAAGUUGAAAUUGCUCUGAAUUAGUCUGUAUUGUUUUUAAAAUGAUACAGAAUGAUGGAGAACAGAAAUUGAAGCAAAGAAAAAAAUUCAUAAUCUGCCAGAUAAGUUAUUUUUCAUUAAAAACUCCAAAAUUAAAAGAGGCAGAAAAAUGUUGUUGUUUACUCUACUGUACACUCAAAUCCCAAGAUUACAGAUGAAAGUUUUGUCCUCAGACUUUGUCCAAUACUUAAGUAUGCAUUCUCAAUGUAAUUAUUAUGAAUAAACAUUUAGUUGAUUAAA